AUGCAAAAUCUUUCCACACUCCCAACAUCCCUCCUCCUCCACUCCACCCUCCUCCUCUCCACCGGCCUUUGGGUGGGCUUCAUCAUCCCACUCACCCCGUUCCCACGUCUCGCACUGACAGCUCAUAUCCAGUUUAUGGUUGAAGGGUGUAUGGUUGGGAUUAUUGGGUUAAUUCUUAACACCACCUUUCAACCUACCAGCACCAGGAAGGGUGGGGGGAAUGAGGGGGGAAAAAGGCUUGUGGAUGAGAUGGGGAAAUGGAAGCAAGCACUUGUGUAUUGGAGCUGCGUGAGUGUGUGGAUGACGGUUGGGAGCGAGUUUGUGAAUGCGUGGUGGGGAACACGGGAGGUGUUGGGGAUUGCGGCAGAGCAGGCGGGGGUUUUAGUCAAGGCCGAGGAAUGGAUGGAGACGGUGAUUAAAAUCACGCAUUUCCCAAGUUCAAUUGUCAUGGCUUUUACUGUAAAUCUUUCCUUCCCCAAUCGCCCCACCCUUCUACAGCCACAUACCUACACCUGA